CUGACAAGCUUCAGCUCUCUCCCACAUAGAGAUACUGCGAACUCACAAAUGAAUCAUCUAAUUCUUGUUUUCGUGGCAAUUCUCUGCACCCGUCUCCUCAAAGUUGCCUACUCCACCAUAUGGAUCCCUUUGAGAAUCCAAAGCCAUUUCAAAAGGCAAGGAAUAACCGGCCCCGGCUACCGUCCGAUCUUCGGAAACAUGGCCGAGAUCGGCCGUCUGUUCGACGAAGCGACGUCGAAACGAUCGCCACUUCUCAACGGCGACCACGACAUCAUCCCCCGUGUGGCUCCAUUCUACCACAUCUGGUCUAGCAUGUACGGGAAACCGUUUUUGUAUUGGUCUGGUUCAAAACCGAUUCUAGCAAUUUCUGACCCGGAUAUGAUCAAGGAGAUCACUAUGAACACAGGAGGUGGUUCGUUUGAUAAAACCGGAUUUGACCCUAAAGGCAAGAUUCUAUUUGGACAGGGACUUGUUGCAUUGUUAGGCCAACAAUGGGCACUUCAUAGGAGGAUUUUAAAUCAUCCCUUCCGCAUGGAAAGAGUCAAGGCGGGUUGGUUACCAGAUAUCGUCGUGGAGACAACUAAAAUGCUGGAGAAAUGGGAGGAAAGAAGAGCAGGGAGAAAUGAAUUCGAAUUGGAAGUGUUCAAAGAACUUCAUGAGCUCUCAGCUGAUAUUAUUUCAAGAACUGCUUUUGGAUCCUUUUUUGAACAAGGAAGACGAAUCUUUAUGUUACAAGAACAGCAGAUGCAGUUUUUCUCUCUUGCAGUAGAAAGUCUUAAUAUACCUGGCUCAACGUUUUGGCCAACUAAGAAUAACAGAGAGAUGUGGAGAUUAGAGAAGGAAACUAAUGAAUCGAUUCGUGCACUGAUCCGAGCUAACAACAAAAGCAGAGACGAUUCCUCGAGUCUACUCAGUCUCUUGAUGUCUUCAUAUAAGAAUCAGGAUGAUGAAGAAGAGACGUUGGGAGAAGAUGAAAUAAUAGGCGAAUUCAAGACCUUUUACUUUGCCGGAAAAGAAACAUCGGCUAAUGCUUUAUCAUGGGCGCUUCUGCUUCUGGCUUUGAAUCCGGAAUGGCAGGACAAGGCAAGAGAAGAAGUUGUUCGGGUCCUCGGAAACAAUAAGGUUCCGGUUGCAGACAAUUUGAAAGACUUGAAGAUCGUGAACAUGAUAAUCGAUGAAACACUCCGGCUCUACCCACCAAUAGUAAUGUUGAUGAGAAAAGCAUACAAAGAUGUCAAGCUAGGAAAUAUCGACGUUCCCGCCGGGACAGAGCUUUAUCUGGCACUGGCCGCCGUGCAUCACGACGUCGACGUAUGGGGAAACGAUGCUCACAAAUUCAAUCCUUCGAGAUUCAAAGAGUCUCGAAAGCAUUUAGCGUCGUUUAUUCCAUAUGGUUUGGGGCCUAGAUUUUGUGUCGGCCAGACUUUAGCCACCGUCGAGAUGAAAACCAUUUUGGCUAUGAUUAUCCGGAAUUAUUCGCUGGGCGUGUCGCCAACGUACAUCCAUGCACCGAAGCUGUUCAUCUCCCUUGAGCCCCAGAAUGGCGUGCAGAUAGUCUUAACAAGAACAACUUUAUGAUGCUUUUGAAGGGUCUUCGUCGAUCUACGUAAAAUAAAAUUUGAAUUUUCUAA